AAAGAGCGCAACUUUCGAACUAUCUAGUCCUUAUCGUAUGUGGCCACUUACGGCCUGCCAUGCAUGUUGGGAUUUGUGAGAUGUGUAAUUGGAGCAGCAGAAUUUUAUCGGAUCUUUGUAGUACUUGGAAUCCUACCCUUGGUUACAUCUAACGAGGCUUUAAGUGGAUUGUUAUCAUCAAGUACAUCGAAAGAUAAAAGCGAGAAAUGUACACUAGCCACUACUCAUUGUGUUCCCAUCGCUUUACAUCUUAAUCGUACAUGCUUAGGUAAUCAUUUGCCUUACAAAUUGACUGCUCCAAUACCACUUGGUGAAGAUGUAACUUUUUACAGUCUAGAGUUUUGGAAAGCUUUACAAUCUAUCCCAACAUGUUGGGAUAAAUUACAAUUUUUCUUGUGCUCUGUCUAUAUACCUGAAUGUGUAGUUAUUCAAACAUCGAAAUCCAUUCAUGAUGAUAUCACAUAUUCAUCGAUUACUCAUGAAAAUAAUCAAUCUAAACCAAUUAAUCAUUCAAUCAAUGUUAUCAGUGAUCAAGAGGUCCUCAAUAAAAACAUGUCAGUUGAUGAUCGUCCACCAGCAUCGUCAUCAUCAUCACCAGCAUCGACUAGUAUUCAUCGGAUUGUUUUACCAGAAGCUGAAAUGUGUGAAGCUGUACACAAAGCCUGUCCAUUAUUAUUUUCAAUUAUUCACUCAAUGAGUACUAAUCAUCAUAAUAGGAAAACGAACGAGAAAUUGACCGAGAUCAACAACUCUGGUAUUGACCAAAGUCUUAGUAAUAAUGAUACUGGUAGUAGUAGUAGUAGUAGCAGUGGCGGCACCAGUAAACAACAACAUCAUCAUUAUCAUUUAUAUCCGAAAUUCUUGGAUUGUUCAUUGUAUACACCAGGAUGUCGACAGAAUAAAUUAACUGCUCGUUUAUUUCAAAGUAAUGGAGGCGGUUGUCAAUCUCCAUUGGUUACAACAUCAUUAAGACGAAAUUGGAUUCCUGGCAUAGAACGAUGUAGUUUUCCAUGUCGACGUCCUCAUUUCGAUUCGGAACAUUAUAAAUUAGCUAGAUGGAUUACAGGUUGUGCUGCUGUGAUUUGUUUAUGCACUAAUAUUUUUACAUUGUUUACUAUUCGUUUACAAUUAACUGAACGUUUGGAGAUCACUUUACAACUUUCCAUGUAUAUUCAUCGUCUUAUUGAUUCACUACAAUUGCCAACAUUUUCAACUGAUCGAAGAAAAUCACAUCUUAUCUACAAUGGGAAAUCAUCAUCAUUAUUAUCCACAUCAUUAAAAUUACCAAUGACAACUGUAGGCACAUCUUUUUCAACUGGAACAAAAACCACUACUACUCAUACAUCAACAACUACAACAACAACAACCACAACCACAUCUAAUCACAAUGAUCCAGUGUCAAAUCCAUCUUGGCGUCUAUUGCAUACAUCAUUAUUUUAUAUGCAUUUAUUUUUAAUAUUUGGUUGUUUUGGUUGGUUAUUGCCAUUACUACCAACUAUUGGUGAAUAUGUGGCUUGUCGAGAAGAUGGUAGCCUACGUGUAGGUGAACCACAAAUCAGUUCUGGAAAAUCCAUUCUAUGCAUUAUCGAUUUUAUUCUAUUGUAUUUCUCUUCAAUGGCUGCUGCAAUAUGGUCAAAUAUUUUUGAUUAUGCUUUAUUAUAUCAAAUGAAAAAAAUCAAUUACAAUUUAACCAAUCAAUUGCCUCAUUAUGAACACUUUCCUACUGAACAUCAUCAAUACAAGAGGCAACAACGACGUCGACAACAACAACAACAACAACAGAAACAAUCACGAGUAUCAGAGCAUCGGCGUCAACGUCAGCAUCGUUCUCGUCCUCGUCGUCAACAACAACAACAACAGCAGCAACAACCGCAUAAAUCCAAACACUAUCAUACCGAUAUAGAAAUGAAACAUAUUUGUCAAGCUUAUGUAACAAAAUUCAGUGAAAAUCUUCUCUCUAGAAAAUAUCAUAAAUCAUGUGAAAUUCGUUUUAUGCCAAAACGUAUCUCUGAUGAACCAUCCUUAUCUGAAAUAACUAAUUCUGUGAAUUUAACCAAUGAAAAAUCUUCAGAAUUUGAAUUUAUGAAUGAAGAACAGUGUAUGCCACCGAUAAAUGAUAAAACUAUUACUACAAAUACUACUACUACUACUAGUGAUACUACUUAUAAAAAUAUCAUCAAUUUGAGUAAUUAUGACAAUAAUAUCACUACCACCACUACUACUACUGCUACUGAUACUACUAACAAUACAAUUCAUAUUGACAAUCAACCAAGCAUUGAACCAUUGAAUGUGGCAUUAUCUUGUCCAAGUAGUAUUAAAAGUAUGAAACAAAAAUGUAAAUCAUCUUGUUCACUUUCAUUGUCGUCAACUUCGUCCACUUCAUCAUCAUCAUCAUCUGCAUCUGCAUCUGCAUCAUCGGCGUCACCUGCAUCAGCGUCAUCGUUGACAUCAUCAUCCUCUUCACUAUUGUUAUUAACUAGUCAAAAUGUGAAAAGAACCGACGAUAAUGUACACUUGUUGAAUAGUAAUACUACUACUGCUGCUAUUGCUACUACUACUUGUACUACUUGUACUACUACUACUAGUAAUCGUAAUACAAUCAGUAAACUUGACAAUGCUAAGAAUAAAUCCCGUGAACAGAAAUUGAAAGGUUUACAUUCAACUUAUUAUUUUGAUGAUAAUUAUCAUAAAUUACGUCCUUCUCCUUCCAGUCAUCAUGAUGGUUUAGCACGCUUAGAAUCCAUUCUGCAACAAUCACCAACAACGGGGAGUACUUGUUUAAAUCCACAUCACAGUCACCGAUAUAAUCAUCAUCGUCAUCAUCAUCAUCAUCAUCAUGAUCAUUGCCAUAGAACUAAUCAUAACUCUUAUCCAAAAUAUAAAUACGGUUCAUUUACAGGGAUUCCUUUAAAUUCAUUGAUUGACUUAUUAUUAUCAUCAUCAUCAUCCUAUGAUGAUCAACAUUGUAUCAAUUCAUGUAUUGAUUCAUCUUUAUCAUAUUUUUCAUUGUGUAAACCAUUAAUAUCACAAAUUUUAUGGAUUCAAUUAUUUACAAGUGAUAAAUAUCUUUUCAUUCAUAAUAUGAAUACACUACCGACUGUCAAUAAUGAGAAACAUGAAAAACAUGAUGUGCAAGACAAUGAAGAGAAUGGUAACGAUGAAAAUGUUGAUGAUACUAAUAAUGAUGAUGUUGACGAUGAUGAUGAUGAUGAUGAUAGGAUGAAUGGUCAUUUUUUACAUAGAAAAACUACUGCCAACACUACUGCUACUACUGCUACUACUACAACUUGUUCUGAUCUUAGAUCACUUAUGUUAAAACAAGGUGUUAUCAUUUCAUCACCAAUUAAUAAUCAGUCAAUUAAUACUCAACCACAAACAACUUGUUUACAUUUUUUAGCUCUUGCUAUUCCUUUAGUAUUCACAUUGAUUAUAUUGACAGCUGCAGAAAUUGAUGGCAAUUCAUUGAGUGGAAUUUGUUCUGUUGGCUUGAUCAAUAUAUGGGCACGUGUUGGCCUUGUGUUGAUCCCAUUUACUUUAUGUUUAAUAAUCAAAUUUUAUUAUUUUAUUCAAUUAAUUUAUCAAUUUAUGAAAUUACGUCAUAAAUUCUUAUUGUCAUCAUUUCGUGUGGAUCAUGAAUUAGCGCAACGUUUAAUACGUUGUUGUUUAUUUUAUGGUAUAUUUUUGAUUUUUCUACUAAGUUUAUGGUUAUUCUCAAUCUGUAUUCAUAGUUAUGUGUAUUUGAAUGAACCUGUUUGGUUAGAAUCACAACGUCGUUUAUUCUUAUGUCGUAUACGUUAUCGUUUAUUAGGAGGAUUUGAGGAUAAUGAAUUCAGCGCAAUGAAUACCUGUUUGAAUACAGAUUUAUCGUAUGAGUCUGUCAAUACAGCAUCUACGUCGUCGUCGUCAUCAUCAUCAUCAUCACCGGCAGCAACAACCAUGGCAGCAUUCACACAAUCAUUGAAUAUGCAUUCAAAUCCUCUCUCUUCCAUAGAUGAUGAUUUGUCUUCUUCUAGUAAUCAUCAUAAAGCUAGCUUACAAUCCACCUCUUCACAAUCCAUAACUGACAUGUUCACAAUGAAAUCGUCUGAUCUACAACACCAACCAACAGGACACUCCAUCCAAUUGAAUCAUCAUGACAGUAUUGCUACUUCAUUGACAGCGCACACUUAUUAUCAUCAACUAUCAAUGCAUAAUGAAGAAAUGUUUUCAAUGCCAAAACCAUCUAUUGGUCCAUUGUUGUUACAUUUAUUAAUUUAUUUUAUGAUUAAUCUUUUAUAUAAUUCAAUAUGUCUAUUAGAUCCAUCAGUGAAACGUACUUGGUGGUAUUUAAUUAAAAAGCUUGUAUUUUGGUGUCGACUUAAAAAAGACAAUUUCUUUCAACAACAACAACAAUCGCAACAUUCACCAUAUCAUACAUCUUCUUAUUCACAGGAUUAUAACAAUCAUAGUCAUGACAAUGUUGUUACACAUACGCACAAUGAAACUAAUCUAGAUAUGUUCAAUGAGAAUAAUCAUAGUGCUAAUUUUAUUCAAUCUUAUUUUAAACAUUUAAUUAUUGGAUUCAGUUGGUGGGAUCCUGGAUUUUUCACUAUACCAACACCAAUUUUAACAAAUUUUGAUUUAUGGGAAAAAUGUACCAUCAUGUUUCAUAAUACACAUCGAAAAACUGUAAAAAAUUCUCCAAAACGAAACAAAAAACAACAAGAUUUUGAAUUAGUCAAAUGUAAAUUCAAUCGUUUCACUAAUAAUGUUCAUGACAAUACUACUACUACUACUACUACUACUACUACUACUGAUGCUACUAAAAUGAUGAAUGUUAGUAGUAUGGUGAAUUGUACUGAAAAUAAUCCUAGUAAUGGUUGUAAUAUUAUAGAUCUGAAUGUCAGUAAUAAUAAUAAUAAUAAUAACGAUAAUCCUUUAGAUCAAUGGAAUGAUAUCAUGAAUAAUGGUCAACAUUUAUUAACUUUACUAUCGAAAUUACUAGUUCUACCAGUAAAUCAACAUCAUCAUCAUCAUCCUAUUGAUCAUGAUAAUAAUUCAAAUGAUUUAUUAGAACAAACAGUUUUAAAUUAUCUACAACAACAUCGCCAAUCAAUGUCAACUUCGUCAUUACCAUCAUCGCUGCAUGAUGAUGACAUUCAUAUGAACAAUAAUAAUGCCAACAUUAAUCAUAGUAAUAAUGAUAGUAAUCCUUUGCAAAAUGUUUUAUUGUACAUUCUACAUCAACUAUAUCAAUUAUCCAAUGCAACAAAUACAAUACCAAUUGAUUAUAAUGAUGAUCAUGUUUCAAGUGAACAUCAUCCGAAUAAUGUGAUCAUAAAUUCUACCGCAAAUACUACAUCGACUACUAAUAAAAGUAGUAUUAGUAGUAGUAGCAGUAGUGGUGGUGCUGGUGUUGGCAAUCCUAGUAAAAACACUGCCAAUACAAUAAUUAAUCAAUUUAUUCAAACUGAUGAUAAUCAUUGUGAUAGUGAAAAGUUUGCCAUACAUCAAUCCGACUUGACAAUGGCUACAUUGAAUGCAGCUGCAGUUGCUGCUUAUGAACAUUAUCAAAAACAAUUGUCAGAUCUAACAACAGCAAGUAUUACACAACGUCGAAGCAGACACAAACGAUUACUAUCUGGACGUGCAUCAUUUCGUCGUCGUUACAGUCAAUCGCGUCGUUUAUCAACAAAUGGUUUAUUUUUGCCUAAUUUAACUGCAUCAAUGAAUUUAUUAAGUAAAAAUAUGAAUUCUUCUUCGACAACAUGUUCUAUCAAAUCUCAAUCAACAAUUGAACAACAACAACAGCAACCUUUUACAACAUCAAUACUGACUGGAACAGAAAUUGAUAAACCGCUAACACAACCAAUAACAUCUGAACGAAGAGGUUCAUUCAAUCAUCUACUACAAGCUGCAGCUUCUAUGGUUGCUGCUGCUGCUGCUGCUGCAGCUGCCACUGCCAACGCCGCCACCGCUUCCACAGCUACCAACAAUCCAACAAUGGAUUUGAUAAAAAUAGCAAAAACUAAUUUUAAAAGUACUAGUAGUAAUAAUUCAUUCAAUAGUAGUAGUAGACAUCAUCGAUUAAGUCAAUCAGGAUUGAGUGGACUUGAUUCCAUUUCAAGUGGUGGUGGUGGUGGUGGUACAGCUUCAGCUUUUGGUGGAAGUCAAAUCUCAUCAACAUCAAUUCGUAGUGCUUUAACCAAUGUUGACCAUCUAUCUCAUCGUCACCAUCGUCAUCCUCAUCAUCAUCAUCAUCGUCGUCGACGUCAAACUUAUCAUACUCGAUCAUCUUCAACAUCUGAAGCUCCAUUAAUCAAUCAUAUCAAUAAUAAUACUCAUACUCUCAAUGAAUUACAAUCUAACAAUAAUACUAUUGGUGUGUCGAUUAUUGACAAGUAUAGUAAUCCUAUCAUCACCACCACUACUACUACUACUAGUACUACUACUGUUAAUCCUAAUACUAAUAUGCAUAGUAUGGGUAGUCGUAUGUCAUCAUUACAUUCUAUUUCAUGUGCUUCAUCAUCAUCCGGUGCGGAAUCAUACAAUUCUUAUCGUUUAUUAAUUAAUCAAGCUGGUGCAAGUUGGCGUGAAUUAUGGCGUACACGAAUGUUAUUAAUGCAUGUAUUACGUUGGGCUGAAAAUGUCACAUCAUUUAUGCAAUCGAACAAUAAUAAUAAUAAUAUCCAUUCAAACAUUAUAGCUCAUCAUGAAUUGACUCAAUCACAAAUGAGUCUGUCAAAUUGUGUUGAUGUAACUGCGAAUCAAACGAACGUAAACUGUAUGAAAACAACACCAGCGGCGGUGGCGGCGACAAUAACAACCACCACUACAUCACCACUUGUCGCUGCUCCCCUUAAUUGUGAUGAUAUUGUGAAUGUGACAAGUGGAAAUAAUCAUUCAUUCAAUGUUACUCAACAUCAGCAUCAACAACAAUUGCCGCCAACAUUCUCAUUGAAUCAGUUGGAUGGGAUGACAGAUUUCAAUGGACAAUUAGUUCAAUUGAUUCUGUCAUUGAUUGAACAACAACAACAACAACAGCAGCAGCAACAAUCAAUCCAUCCUGGAACUGGAUCUCAAUCGAAAUUGGAUAGAAGUGAAUCACUGUUGUCAACUAGUUCAUUGAAUAAUUUACCUGUUGAAUCAUCGUUACAAACAGAUAUGAAUACAACAAUAACAACAACUACUACUACUACUAUUAUCACUAGUACUAUUACUGCUACUACUACUACUACUACUACUAAUACAAGUAAUAGUAGUAGUAGUGUGAAUCAUUUCUAUGGACAACCAAAUCCAUUGACCACUAUGGAUCCUAUGAUAGCAGCAGCAUUUGCAGCGGCAACAGCGGCAGCUACUGUAGCUCUGCAACAACAACAACAACAACAGCAACUGCGGCUGCAACAAGGUUUACACCAAUUGUCACCGUCAAAUUCAACCUCAUCUCCUGCUACUACUACUGGUGUUGUUGCUUUUGAUACACCACCAGUCACUACUACUACUACUACUACUUCGACUACUACUAUCAAUAACAUCAAUGAUCAUGUUAAAAUGUUUGAUCAAAAUAUUGGUGGUACUAAUCAAAUGAAUGUUGUCAGUAAUCAAUUCUAUCAUCCAACUAUGAAACAUUGGACUAAUGAAUCAUGUUCAUUCGGAUCAAUGCCACAAGAUCCACAUCAUUUGUCUAGUAGUAUUAAUAGUCAAAAUGUUACAUCACAAGUAUACAAUCCUUCCAAUACUAAUCACAAUCUACCACCAAUGACACCAAUCAAAAAUACUCCACCAUAUUUACAAACUCCUAAUCAAUGGUUCCCUCAAUUGUCAUCCAUGUCGAAUCAACCAAUCAAACCGAUCAAUAAUAUGAGACCAUAUUAUUAUAAUUAUGAAAUGCAACCAAAUUACACGUACAGAAUGAAUAUACCUACUGACGAACCUCAUCCUCAUCAUCCUCAUCAGCAGCACCAGCAUCAGCAUCAUCAGUGUACUAUUGCACCAGAUCUACUGUUAGACCAUGAUCAAUUGACUAGAACAGAGGCGCCUAGGCAUAUAAAUAUGAUUCAUAAUAAAUCGAUAAACUGUUCAUUAACUGAACAACACCAACACCUACAACACCACCAAGAAUCUGUAAUUCAUCCGACCAGCUCAUUCAAUUCUCCAGUGAAUAAUAAUAUGCCACAUAUUCCAUUCUUAUCCAAUUCUACUACAUUCUCUCCGGGAUUUCAUUCACAACAACCGAAUCCUGUGUUAUAUUCUAAUACAUGUACAAAUCCACCAUAUAUUGUAACCGGAAGUUCAUAUUUUAAUAAAAAUGUACAAAUUCCUACACCAUCCUUACAACAUACAACUCAAAAACAAAUUAUUGAUCAUGAAGACACUGUACGAUUAUUACACAAUCCACUUGAACAAGUUGUCCCGGUCAAUAAUAAUAAUAAUAAUAAUGACUCAGAUGCAUUUGACAGUGAAGAUGACAUUGUCUCAGUUGAUGAAGAAGAAGAAGAAGGGGACAAAGAAGAAUUUCAUGAAAUAGUUGAUUAUAACAAUCAUGAAAAAAUGGAACUUGAUCGUUCGAGACAUCAAAGUUGUCAACAAAUACAACCACAAGCUCACCAUCACCACCAGCAACAACACCAACAACAACACACAAAUGUGUUCACACAUAAUCCCUAUGAAAAUUAUACGAAUACGCAUGAACAAAUGAUUAGAUUUCAUACAAAUAAUUCACAUAAAUAUUUUAUUCCUAAUUUUGUCAAUCCACCCUACCAUCUUCAUCAUCAUCAGCAUCAACAUCAUCGCCAUACUGCAAUGGAAUCAGUUGAUGCAGUGAAUGCUACUACACUAAACACAACUCCAUGUCUUCCAUCACAUCAUCAUACCCUAUCAAUUUAUUCAAAUAAAUAUUCUACAAAUAUUAUUUCAGAUGAUGGUGAAUUAUCUAGUGUAAGUCAAAGUGCUAGUCAAGUUGUUCCAUGUGCAUCUUCAUCAUCCUCGUCCUCCUCAUCAUCAGGUACUGACUCAUCGUCAUCUUCAUCGUCACCAUCAUUAUCAAAUUCAAAAUUAUUGCCUCAGUCAACUUCAUACGAUAAUGCUGAUAUUGAUCCAACUCCUUGUACUGUUGGUGAUGGUGGUGUUGUCGUUGUUGUUACUUGUGCCCAACUUGAUCAUAUCAUCACUAAUCCGUCUGCCUUAUUAUUAUCAUCAUCAUCACAACCAAUGGAUCGACAUGACGAUGUACUGGUUGUUGAUACACAUCAUGCCCAAUUGUUAUCACCUAAUAAACAACCGCAAUUAGAUGAGACAAAUAAUUGACCAAUGAAACAACAAUGUUGUAGAUUUAUUUGUUCGCCUUUUCUUUAUUUCCGGUGUAUCAACGUACGAUUUCAUCCGUUGUUGUUGUUUUUUCUCCAUCUUCCUUGCCUGUCUUCUUUUUUU